AGACGCCAAAAACAUGAGUGAUGAUUCCGAUCAUAAAGACAUUGAAAGUCUCUCUAAUGAGUCUGCUUCAGAAGAGACUGAAGAGGUGUAUGAGGUUGAGGCUCUCCUAGACCAUCGCGUCUCUGCAAAGAAACAAAAUACAGUAGAGUACCUAAUAAAAUGGCAUAAUUAUGGCGACGACCAAAAUACUUGGGAAAACGAAUCCAAUAUUUUUUCGGAAACACUCGUGGAUGAAUAUUGGACUUCUAAAGGGUCUUCUAGAGACAAGUUCUUGAAAGCCGAAAGCGAGAAACGAAAAAAGAGAGUAAAAAAACCCAAGACCAAUGUUGAGGUCAAAGAUUCCAAACGACAAAAGGCCAUUUCGACAUCUUCAGACACAAAAUUAUCUGAAAGUCGUAAAAAGAAGCCAAACGUCAAUGGUUUCCCCAACUCUGUCAGAGAACCACCGCCAGGAUUGACAUGGAAUGAUGUAUCCGUCGUACAAGAAGUGUUUUCGGAUCAGUACAAAAAACUCUUCUCACAAGUGAAAUGGUCGAAUGGGCAAAUAACUUUCUGCACUAACGAAUCACUGCGCAAAAACUGUCCUAUUCCUUUAUUGAAAUACUAUGAAGCGCAUCUGGAAUUCCAAGCCUAUUAAAGAGAAAAAUUGAAAUAAGAUGGUAAAGAAGCAUGUCUAUUUUUAAAGAAAAAGAAAUAAUAAGAAUAAAUAGACUUCGCUAAAUAUG